UACGCGCCCAUUAUCACCUGGGAAACUUGGGAUAGUUUUGAAAUUUGAUCAAAAAAUUAUGGGGAUGGCAAAAAACUGUCGGUUGGACUUUUUUGCGUUGUUUUUUCCCCUGCCUGGCGCAUGGAUUUCACACUCUAAAUAUUUGUAAUGUCGCCUUUUGCUAGCAUUUCAGCCAUGCAGAAUGUGCGCCAUAUGAAUUACGUGUGAGCAAGUCUUUCCGAUGGUCUGCUAAGAUCCGAUGUUAUUCUCCAAAUCACUCCUGGAAAAACACGUGUGUCCGACCGAAGAAUCGCUAGCCGUUUAUCUAUGAUACUUUGUGGACUUACACCAGCCGCGCUGCCUCUUUAUAGGAGGGCAGAAUACUGGGGGUAAAUUGUUCCUAGUAUGGCAGCCAAAGUCGCUGGAAAUGUCAAUUGCGAUCAAGAAAUUAGCUCUCGUCCGCAGGGCCAGCAAGCAGCAAACAACACAAUGGAUAGCACGGGCCAGGAUUUUAGGCCCUCAUCCCGCAACAACACCGGUGGGGAGGGGGCAAAUGGACCCACAGAGAACCAAGGAACCGUUAUGAAUAACGCCAUGACUUCGGCAGGCCAACCACCGGGAAAUGGUGGAACUGAUAUGGGGACAAAGACAGCAAGCAAUCAUGGCAAUGUUGGUCCUGGCAUGCCUGGUUCAAACUCUGUAAUGCUACAACAAGAUGGUCAUGGCGGACAAAGUGGAUUGGGCGCAGGCCACCAUCCUUCACAGACUCAAAGUUUAGAUCCUUAUGCUGGACCAGGAGGAACCUAUCAAAGUAACAGCAGUGUGCACAACCAACUACUAGACAGUUCUGGACAGAAAAUUGUUCCAAAUAUGUCCGGCAGUGAAGGCUACAAUGGCGGAUAUUAUGGGAAUCGAAAUGCUGGAUACGGCAUGACAAACCAACAUGGCGGACACCAGACAGGAAGCGCACCGCCGAACUCUUCAUUAAACAUGAAUAUAGGCCCAAACCAGAACCAAAAUAUGUCAAAUAAUCCGUAUAACCAAUACGAUGGUCAUAUGGGAUCUAGACAGGGAUAUUCCCCCAUGGUUAUGGGUUCCAGGGCGGGUCCAAAUGUCCCACCAAUGCCGCCAAGUUACGGUUCGUCGCAUCAGCAACAACCCAAACCUUACAGCGGAGACCGAAUUUCAAACUCUGCCCCAACCCUUUCCCAACUUCUCCAAGGCCAAAAACACAUGCCAAACUAUUCUAGUAGUUAUCCUAGUCCAGGUGAGAACAUGGUGAAGGGUUCUGAUGGUGGAGGCUCACUAGGAAUGAUGACAAACCAAGGCACAGGUUUUCACCAAUCGCCUCAAAAUUGGGGACAAAGAAGCGCAGGCAUGUCGCACUCACAAGUCCAUCCUCAGUCAGCAAGUGGCAGCCAUGGCACUGGCUAUGCUGGUCCAAACAUGGUCAGAAAUCAGGGUGUGCCAGAGGGUGUACAAAACUCGGUCUUAAAGCGCCCCUACCCAGGGGCCUACCAGCAGCCUGGCAGUCGACAGUACCCUGUUAUGUCACAACCGAUGUAUCCAGGUAGUCACAUGACAGCAUCAAGAGCGACCCAUAAUGCACAGGGACAAGGGGGAAUGGUCGGGAAUAUGAUUGGAAACAGCGCUCAGUUCGGACAACCGUAUGAACAGAUGCCCUCACAAUAUGGUCAGCAAGGCCAGGGCAUGGAGUUCAAUCACCAACAGCAUGCACCAACAUGGCAACAACCACAUCAGCAAGGCAUGCCACCCUACAGCAACAGCCAACAGCAGCAUUAUCCCAUGUGGAAAGACUCUACACCUUCACAGGCAGUGUCUUCACAUCAGCAGCAGCAGCAGCCACCGCAGCAGCCACCGCAGCAGCCACCGUCCCAGUCUUCAUCCAACUAUCAGCAACCGCAGCAGACAACACCUAGCUUCAAUAGAGGAGGGCAACAGGCCCUGCCUAACAACAGUAAAUCUGGAAAUCCCCCUGAUGAAGUGAGUGUUGCUAACAGACCACCCAGUCUGCCUGAUCUCUCUGGUUCUUUAGAUGACUUGCCAACUGGAGCGGAUUUCUCUCAGAAUAAUGUUGCAACCAGCUCUCAGAGCGUUGAUACCUACUCUCAGUCCUCACAAUCUCCUCACAUGCAUCCCUCUGUGUCUGCGCUUAGACCAUCUCCAUCGCCAGUUGGCUCACCGGCAAGUCACAUGUCACGUUCAUCACUGUCUCCAGCAAGUGUACCAGGAGGAUCGCUAACUCCCCAACCCACUUCCAUGCCGCCACCUUCCAGCCAAUCAGAGUCCAGCUCUCAUAAUCAGAUGACUCAUUCACCAAUGGGACAGCAGGAUAGAGGUUUUAAUCAACCAAUGAUGCCUGGUGCAGCCCAGAUGGGAACAGCAGCACAGAUGGCAUCAGCAGCCCAAAUGGGAACAGCAGCCCAAAUGGGAAGCAACCAGAUGCCCCCUCCAUAUGGUUCCCAACCAGGUACACCUAAGAUGCACCAUGGGCAGCCACAACCCACCCACCAACAGAACACACCAGGAGGACCUCAGAUGUAUCCUGGUAUUGUUGGCAAUUACCCUGGAGGAGGAGGGAGUGGGUUUGGGCCCAACAUGGCCCCUCAAUUCAACCAGCAAGGGAACUUCCCAAGGCAAGCUGGUAUGCAGGGUUUUGGUGGUGGACCUCAUAGUAACUUCCCGUCCCAUUCCGCGGGUAAUGGUGGCAGUGGAAUGUACAUGGAUGGUAGAAUGCGCAGUACAAGUAGUAGUAGCAGCGUGUCUAGCAUGGAAGGAUUUGGCAACUCACAAUACCCAGGAUACAACUCAGGAAGCAUGCCUAAUACUUGCGGGCCUGGAAUCAGUCCCUCACAAGGUACUCCAGGAGUAAACUCAACUGGUAUGAAAAGUCCAGGCUUAGGAGGGCAUGGUUAUGGUUAUAACCAACCCCAUAGAACAGAGAUGCCUGUAAUGGUCCAGGGAAGCAGUAAUACAAGUAGUAGCAGCAGCGGGAUGGGCAGUCCAGGAAUGAUCACAGGUGCUUCUGGAAUCCCUGGUGCAACCAGUGAAACAAGUUUGACUGGUGGAACUACAUCACCAGGUAUGCCCAACCCGACACCGGGGCUUCUAGGACCUGGUAAUAAAGGAGCUCAAGCUGCUGCAGAAGCAGCCGUUAUCGCUGCUGCCAACAUGGCAUCAGCUAAAUCAUCUUAUCAUAGAACACUUGGUACUCAACCACAACAUGCACGGCAACAGCAGCAACAACCUCAACCACAACAACAACCUCCUUAUCCACCACCCUACCAACAACAACAACAACAACAACAACAACAACAACAACAACAACAACAACAACAACAACAACAACAACAACAACAACAGCAGCAGCAGUGGCCUCAUGGGCCACCAAAUCAGGGAAAUCCAAACGCAGCUGGUCCUGUACCCUACUCUUCAUCCAGUCCUAUGCCAGCUUCUAUGCCAAACUCUAUGGGUAGUCCCAUGCCUCCCAACUCUAUCAUGAAUUCCAUGCCUAACUCCAUACCUAACUCUGGGUAUGGUUCAAUGCCUGGUUCCAUACCAAUCUCCAUGUCCAGUGCUAACGUUCCAGGCUCCAUGCCACCAUUUCCACACGGAAACAAUUCACAAAGGAAUAACUCCUUCAUGUCAACGGAUCCAUCCGGACAAGUUACGACCACAAUGGCUAAUAGUUUACCUGGUAUGAUGGGAACUACAGUAACUCCAAGUAUAACAGCCCCAGUGUGUAUGCCUUCAGUAACAACCAGUGGUGGAGGGGGCAUGCCUAAUAUGCUGGACACUCCUAAAAACAGUCCAGCAAUGUCCAAGGAUGACAACAGAGCAGAUACUCCACAGUCUCAGAAAACUGUCAAGCAGUCUGAGACAGCAUCUCGUCCUUCAUCACCUCCUCUUGGACUCCUAGGAGCAUCUCCGCUAGGAUCACCAGGAGCCAUCAGUAAAUCAUCUCAAGAAGAAAGCGCUCCAAGUCCUUCUCCAAGUCUCAUCAAUAAACUCCCUGCUAGUCCUGCAAAUAAACCUCCUAAAAGGUCCACUUCCACCAAGCCUUCGGUGCAUGAACAGCUGAUGAAGCUAUAUGACUUAUGUGACCAUCCGGAGCGAAAGCCUUUCUUAGAUGCUGUGUUUAGAUUGAUGGAGGAUCGUGGCCAGCCUAUACGCACCAUGCCACAGAUUAGUACACAUACCUUGGAUUUAUUCAAGCUGUAUCAUUCAGUCAAGGAGCGUGGAGGUGUAGUCAAGGUUUCUAAGAACAAACAAUGGAAGCAGAUUGCUAUCCAUCUGACCGUUGGCAGCUCUAACAGCGCAGCUUUUACUCUUAAGAAGAACUACAUCCGUUACCUUCUACCGUUCGAGUGCUUCCAUGACCGUGGGGGCGUUGACCCUCAGGUCAUUAUGGCUGAGAUAGACACUAGUAAGAAGAAGAGUAGUAGUAGUAGUAGCAGCAGCAGUAACACAACCAGCGAUGCUACCCAUCACCACCCAGCACCUAACCCCAUGAUGGAUAACAUGGCAGGUAAAGCAGGUCCCAAUCCACAAGACUAUCCUGGUGGACCUAGGGAUAUGUAUCAACAGCGCCCCCACCCAGGAGGUAAACCCAUGAAUCAGAUGCACCCCUACUCUCAAGCCAUGCAUAACAACAUGGGUAGAGGAAUGUCACCAAUGCCCAACAAUAUGAUGCCCAUGCCUAACCAUACUGCUAGUAGCAAUAGUGUGACUGUAAGAGAUCCCUUCUCUGAUGCUGAUUUCCAAUCAUCUGGUAAUGCCCAAGGACCACGACCAGUUCAAGGUCCAUUCCCUCCUGGUAUGCCACAGAACUCAAUGGAUGGUGCAUAUGGACCUGGUAUGACUCAAUAUCGUAACAACUCAAUGGGAGGUGGAGGAGAUGGCUUUAAUGCUAUGGGUAACAUGCCACCCUCAUCAGGCCAUCCUCCUGGUGAACCUUUCCCUAGUGGGAUGAGGAACAAUGCCAUUCCUGGUACUGAUCCAUUUACAUCAACUCGACGUGAUGCAAUGGGAAUACCUGAUGGAUUCAAUAGAAGGACUAACCUACCUGGUAGUGAGCCAUUUCCUGUUAAUAAUAGAGCUGCUGGCUUACCAAUGAAUCAAGGAGGUUCUGCUGCUGUGGCUGCUGCUGCUGCUGCUGGCCAGUUUCCAUAUGGAGGGCCUUAUGAUAGAGAAAGAUUUGACCAGCAGAGAUCGAGAGUUUCGGCCAGCCCUGGUCAACCGAGUCAACAAGGCACCCCUGGUAUCAUCCCACCAUAUCCUAAUAAUUCCAUGGACCAAAACAUGUAUUCCUCUCGGUUCAGUCAGCAACAUGCAGGGUCUAGACCAGCUACUCCUAAUGACUCCUUUGGCCCGACUCCUUUACCUAAUCAGCAGAAACCACCAACUCUUGGCACUGGAUUACCAAAUGAUCAACUGAGACAACAGUUCCCUCAGAAGAGACCUGGUGAGAUGUAUGGUCCAGGGCCACCCGCUAAACGACCAGAUAUCAUAACUCCAACUCCACCAAUGGCUAGACCUGAUGAACCAGCAUUCAGGGGGAUGCCACCCUUUGGUCAACAGGGUCCAUAUCCACAGAAUGCUUACCCAGGAGGUGAUAGACCCAUGGGAAAUCAAGGAGCGUAUCCCCCUGGCUAUAGGGAAGGUAGACCUUCACACCAAGGGCCUACACCUGUGCCACAGCCAAGUGCCAAGCAUGAACUACCUGGUAGUGGAGGUGGGUUUAUGGCAGAACCUUUUGGGAUGAGAGAUAGAGCCCUCUCAGGAGGAGGACCCUCUCCUUCUUGGGGAACCAUGCAGCAACGUCAACCAGCUCCACCUUAUACCAACACUUCCCUUGGACCUCAUACCUUUGUAAGUCAAGCUGGUCCUCCAAGGACUCUUCAACAAGCCUUGAUGGCAGCUCAGCGAGAUCGACAUCCUCCUAGUAAGAUGAUGAAAUCAUCUCCUCCUCAGAUCCAUACUACCUCACCACAGAAGAAAGAGAUUGUGUUUCCACCUGACUCUGUAGAGGCUUCUCAGCCGGCUCUAACCAAACCAAAGAAGAAAACCAGUCGAGAUAUCGGCACUGUGGAGGCGUGGAAACUGAUGAUGGCUCUCAAGUCGGGUCUCUUAGCUGAAAGCACUUGGGCUCUUGAAGUGCUCAAUAUCCUACUCUAUGACAACAAUACCAUCGUCUACUUUGACCUAAGUCAGUUGAAAGGCCUUCUUGAGAUCCUGGUGGACCAUUUCCGGGCAAGUCUUAUCCGAGUCUUUGGAACCUUGAUGGAUAUGGAAGUAAAUGCAAGAACUCGUAGGAAAGAUUUUUCUAAUGAAAGUAGAGACUCACUGAAAGACUCUGAUUGUGUGUGCAGGAAACAUUUAGACGGUAGUCAGAACGUUAUGAAAACAGAACUAGAGUUGAUCCAAGAAGCAUUGGGAUUGUUUGACAUUGAGAAACUGAAAGGAACGGAUAAAGAGAAACCCAUUCGGAUAGAACCAGGUAUGGAUGGAUUCUAUUCUAGUGUGAAGGAAUGGGAUUGUCAUGAAGGCUUUAAGAGUAAUCAUCAACAUUGGCAGCUAGGUGGGGGAGAUAUGACCAAACAUGUUGUACAUGUGUUUGAGAGUGACGGAAUCCUAGCGGACAUCAUGAAACGACAAGCUAAGAGAAGGAAGGUCGAGAGAGAAAAGCUUGUCAAAAAGGCCACCAAAGCCAAGAAGAUUAAAGAAGAGAAAGAAUUGAAAAUAAAGAAAGAAGAAGAUGAUGGGAGUCAGGAUGGCUUGGAGGAAUGUGAACAGGAAGAGGAAAUAAGAAUCAAAGAAGAAGUUGAUUCAGAGAAAGAAUCUGAGGAUGAAUCUGAAGAAGAAGAAGGAAGUGGAGAUGAGCAGAAUAAGGAGAAGCAAGUAGACUUGGAUCAUAUGUGGCUGGAUGCAUGCAGUGAAGAACUCCGAGCUGCUAAAGAAAAGAAAAGUGUAAUCUCCCUGUUUGAAACGCGACCCUCCCUUCCCUCUCCUAUGUCACUUCUUGAAGAUGAAGGGACAUGUAAUGACCACACAGCUCUUGUUACAUCAACGGAUGCACAGCAUUCAUUAGCUCAACGCUGUAUCACUAUAUCUAACAUCAUCCGUAGUCUGUCUUUUAUUCCUGGGAAUGAUGUCGAGUUAUCAAAGCAUGCUGGUGUCCUGGUUGUGCUUGGUAGAAUACUCCUAUUGCAUCAUAAACAUGCAGAGAGGAAGCAACUCCCCCAAACGUAUGAUAGAGAAGACCAUGAUGAUCUAGACACUGAAUGUCCUAUUACAGAUAAGGACACAUGGUGGUGGCAUUGUUUAAAUUGCUUACGUGAGAAUGCCCUGGUAACCUUGACUAAUGUCUCUGGACAAUUGGAUUUAUCACUGUAUGCUGAGAGUGUUAGCUUACCUAUCUUAGAUGGGUUGCUACAUUGGGCAGUGUGUCUGUCAGCCUGUGCAAUGGAUCCAUUCCCUACACUGCCUGCAACAUCUCCUCUCACACCCAAACGCAUUGCCAUUGAAGCCCUAUCCAAACUCAGCAUUCAAGAAAGCAAUGUGGAUAUGAUUCUAGCCACUCCACCAUUCCAGCGUUUAGAGAAGCUUUUUUCCACCUUGACGCAGUACCUGAGCGAUCGUAAAGAGCCAGUUAUGAGGGAGUUUGCAAUAGUACUUCUAUCCAGCAUUUCCCAGGGUGAAAAUGUAGCGAGUCGCGCCAUUGCAACCCAGAACUCCACCAUCUCUUUCCUACUUUGUUACCUGGAGGAUUCUGAAUAUGCCAAGUCGUUGGAGAAUGGCAGUAAUGCUAAGCAGCUGAGCCAGAACCCAGACAUUCAAUCAGUUAGUCCUGAUAUGAUGCGACGGACAGCGAUCCUCUUAGCAUCACUAGCUAAAGUUCCUGAUAACCGACCCCUAUUCCUUCAACAUCAACAUAGACUGCUAAACCUAUCCAUGUCUCAUAUGGUGACAGAUCCUGUUAAAUGUCUCAUCGCUGAUGCCUUGUAUGAGAUCUCUAGGUCAUGAGCUAUGACCUUUGACCUCAGAGUCCUCGUCUUUAAGACUUGUGUGUUCAUCACUAUCUUACCAUGGAUUAACACAUUGAUAGAGACCGAACAUCUGAUAUGAUCAUUUUAAGCCAUUGAGUUGGAUUCAACACAUUCUCCUUGUGAAACAUCUCAUAUAUCAUUUUUAUUCCCCCCAUAGUAAAUACUUCAUCAAUGUUGGGUGUGAACCAUUUCAUCCUAGACUAAGCCAUGUGCCUGUGAGCUUCAUAAGAUUGUGAUUCAAUCCAAGGAUAAUCACUUUACAUCAGUUGAUUCAAUACAAAAUCAGCUUCUGCAAGUUGUGUUCAUUGUAAUUUAAGGGGAUAUUUGUAUGCAUUGUGAUGCUAUUUUGUGUUCACAGGUCCUUGCAUCUCAAUAUGUCCAGCGCUUUGAGUGGGGGGGGG